CAGCAGCACCAACAAGUUCAUUUGUUGAUAUUAAAGAUGAUUAUAUACGUGGUGUUAAUGAAUUAAUUCGACAGCAAUGUGAUAAUACAUCAUGUCUUUAUUUAUAUUUACCACGACCACCGAAAGACAAAAUACUAUCACAACGUUAUAUACGUGUUUUAGAUAUUUUAUCAAAUGAUUUACCACCUGUUAUGUUUGUACAUGGUGUUUCAUCUGUAACAUGUACUCAAUUAUAA